AUGCAGGUGAAGGUCCUCGCCGGUGCCACCGAAAUCAAGACGAAAUCAUCCGUUCGACAAGAAGUCAACGUCGACCACUUUGUCUUCCAUAAACAAUAUAGCCACGUUCCGAUCAGCCCGGAGCAGCCGUUUCGCAAGGCCGAUAUUGCGCUCUUGAGGUUAACAACACCACUAAAACUGAUCCGAGGUCAAGUUUGGCCGACCACCAUUGUCAAGAAAAACUCGAAUAUUGAGCGGGCCGGCGUCGAAGCCAAGCGCUGUACCGGAUCGAUUAUGAAUAAGGACACGGUUUUGACGGCAGCGCAAUGCGUCCAGGGAGUGCCCCAGUCAGAGUUGAAAAUCAUUGCCGGCGUCGCAGAUAUACGCGCCCACUCCCUACAUAAUGUAAGUGAACAACAACGCGAAAUUGCCCGAAUCUGGGUUCAUGACGAUUUCAAGAGUGUCGAGUCAACGUGGCCGAAUCCCUUGAACCCGAAGGACGUCUACAGCGCGAAAUUCCACGUCAACGACGUUGCUCUAUUAGUUCUGAAAAACCCGCUCGAACGUGUUGCCGAUGAAGUCUGGCCCGUCAUUGUGCCGGAUCCGAAGGCGCCUCUAGACGCUACGGGGGCCUACGAAGCGACACUGCUCGGAUGGGGGCUCAUCAGAGAAGACAACGGAUCACACAUUAGUUCUCGCGAUCUCCGAAGUGUAGGCGUCAGCCUCGCAUUGCCAAGCGGCAGCACCGAAUGUGUCGGGGAGGAGUACCAUGAGCAAGUUCUCUGCUCUCAAGAUGGAGAGAGGGCAAUACCAUGUUGGGGUGAUUUGGGGGCGCCGGCUGUGGUUUUGAUGGCGGCCAAGCAGCCACCAGGAAUGAAAUUCAACGUGCUCGUGGCUAUGGCGACGAAUUAUGAUGGUGAAUGCGAUGGCCUCCAGCUCGGUUGGACAAUUCUGACGGGCAAGCCGUGCGACGUCUUCCACACCGACAAGCCGUACCAGCAGCUGAGCCGGCAGAUGGUGUGGGACCGAGUGGUGCUGCCCAGUCUUGAGGAUCAUCUGGUGUGCUGUGGGACCACGAUUCCAUGGCCGCACGCCGUCGCUUUUCUAGACGCCUGGGAAGGGGAUCGUGACCACCGUGCCGUCCUCCUUCGUGAUCCGCCCGCAUUUUUCGAAGACCUCAGCUCGAGAAUGGUCACGUUUGGUCACUGGCCGAGAUCCAUCACCGAUCGGUUGCUACGGGAGAAGCCGUGUCCCCCCGGAAUGUACUGGAUCAGUUAUGACUUCCUUUACACGCUGGUGCAUUGGGAAGACCUCCUCCUCUGCGUGCAUCGUGUCAACAGCGAUGGCACAGUCGGUCGGCUGGCUGCCUACUCGAAGUGGAAGUCCGACGAGGCGGUGAACAUUGGAGAGACCAAGCUGAAGAAGGGCCUCUAUGUGAUCAUCGCGCACUCGCUCGGACUGGUCGGUGUCGUCGGAAAGAAGCGCCGAGCCGCGCUUGUUGUGCAUUGUGAGCGCCAAUUCACCGCCCGGCUCAUCCCCUGCGCGCCGUUGAUGUACACCGACUCGUUGAUCGAGCUGGUAGCCCGCAAGGGGCGGCAGUACGCGUGCAAUGUGCGGGCGAAGACGGAGGAGGGCGAGGAGAAGUCCCAGGGCUUCCUCUUCCAACUCGAGCACGACAAGUUUGCCGGCACGAUGGUCAUGUUGGAGAACCUGGACCCGGAUUGUCACUUGCAGGCCCAACUGGACACGACCAACGUCUCUAACUACCUGUACGUCAAAUCGCGCCCCGCCGACGUGCUCGCCAGCUCAGUGCCGCCGAUGCAUCGCCAGCUGAUCUUCAUCAUGACGCCGCGGCCCGGGAUCGGGUAUCUGGAUCCCGAAGAGGAGGCUGAGGGCCCGAGGAAGAGCAACAAGAAGAAGCACAAGUUGAUUGAGAGGCAUUGCCGG